UUUCCCCUCGCUCACACCGGUAGUUGUCAUGGCGAUGGAGUCAGCCUCGGCGUCGGCUCCAGGGGUUGUUGCCAUGGAGAUCCCGGUGCGAGGUGCGCUCCCGGUGGUUGAAGAAGACGAGGGCUACAGCGCGCCGCCGCCGGGGUCCGAGGAGCGACUACGGUACCGCCGAGGAGGUGGAAGACGUAGGCGCGGAGUGCCGUUCAACCGGGGCGGCUACUACAUGCUGAUAGUGAUCGGGGAGAUCGGCACAGAGCACCAGUUGGACACCGCCAGAGCGCAGAUAGAGCGGGGAAUUCGAUCCUGGGACGUGGACCUCAAGUGCUGCAACCUUGAUCAGCAGCUGCAGCUGUUUAUAACUCGUCACUCCGCCCACUUCUCCUCCGAGGUCAGAGGACAAAGAACUCUACACCACAGAAGUGAUGUCCUAGAGACUGUAGUCCUCGUCAACCCUUCAGAAGAAACCGUUGUAUCAGAGAUCCAGUCUCUCGUCACAGACUCAGCAGGACACAAGCUUCUGGUCUUGAGUGGACAGAGCUCAGAUCACGGUGGCCUUCUUCUUCAAACUGGGGUUUUCACCUACAAGACCUUUUCACGUGUCUUUGCUGAUCCUGGGGUCAGUGAAUUACUGGGCACAACAGUCCCCAAGCAGCAGGCUACACUUACUGUGUCCUGCCGCGGGGAGGUGGGCUGGAGCUCCCUGGGACAGCAGCAGACCCUGCGGGAGUUUCUGGAAUACAAACUAAACCCUGAGUCUGUUCUUCCCAAGAUGGAGGGCGUCACCGAGUUCACAGAGUACAUCUCUGAGACGGUCGACGUCCCUUCACCUUUUGACCUCUUGGAGCAACCCACAUCCGGUGGCUUCCUAAAACUGUCCAAGCCAUGUUGCUACAUCUUUCCCGGCGGACGAGGAGACUCUGCGCUCUUUGCUGUGAAUGGCUUCAACAUCUUAGUGGAUGGAGGAUCUGAACGAAAAUCAUGCUUUUGGAAGCUGGUCCGUCACUUGGACCGCAUUGACUCGAUUCUACUCACACACAUCGGCGCUGACAAUCUCCCAGGUAUCAAUGGGCUGCUUCAGAGGAAGAUAGCAGAACAGGAGGAGGAGCAGUCUCAAGACUCCACCAACUAUAGCGACUGGAUGAAGAACCUGAUCUCUCCUGAACUAGGUGUGGUAUUCUUCAACGUGCCAGAGAAGCUCCGUAUGCCAGAAUCUAAUCUUAAAGUGAAACGCAGCAUCGAAGAGGCCUCCCUGACUUUGCAGUACCUUAACAAACUAGGAAUCAAACCGGAGCCUGUCUUUCGAGUGGUGAGCAACACCAUUGAGCCCAUUACUCUGUUCCACAAGAUGGGAGUGGGCAGGUUAGACAUGUAUAUUCUCAACCCUGUCAAAGACAGUAAAGAGAUGCAGUUUUUAAUGCAGAAGUGGGCUGGGAACAGCAAAGCCAAAACUGGUAUUGUGCUGCCCAACGGGAAAGAGGGAGAAAUAUCUGUGCCCUACCUGACAUCAGUUACAGCCUUAGUCGUCUGGCUGCCUGCCAACCCUGCAGAAAAGAUCAUCAGAGUGCUGUUCCCUGGGAAUGCACCACAAAACAAGAUCCUAGAGGGGCUGGAAAAAUUAAAGCACCUUGACUUCUUGCGCUAUCCUGUAGCCACACAAAAGGACAUUGCCUCUGGAGCACCUCCCUCUGUUAUAAAACAAACUAAGUUAAAACAAAGAACAGACAGCAAAGAGAGUCUCAAGUCGUCCCCGAAGACCACUGCAAAGGCUUCAAAGAAGGAAACUGAAGGACAAGAUGAUGUGUCAGCCGCCACAGAAGCCAAGAGUGACUCUGUCAAGGAAAAUAUAUCGGAGAAAAAAGAGGAGAAAAAGCCUACUAAAACUCUAAAAUCUAAAGCUGAUGUGCCAGAAAAGAAAAAACUCCUAAAAGACAAAUCCUUAAAAAAGCACCCGAAGGAAAGGGUGUCGAAAAUGGAUGAGAAAAAGGACAAGGAAAAGAAAGAGAUCAAGAAAGUAAAGAAAGAUGACUCUGCUAAAAAAGAUGAAAAGAAAGAUGUUAAGUCCAAAGACGACAAAAAGAAGGACACAUCCAAACCAGAGCUGAGAAAAAUUACAAAGCCUGACCUGAAACCGUUUACACCAGAAGUCCGAAAGACUUUACACAAAGCUAAAGUGUCAAGUAAAGCAAAGGCUGGAAAAAUCAAAACAGCAAAGGCUUUGCCUGCUGAGCCGAAGCCAGAGGAGCCAAAACCUGAAGCUAUUCAACCUGAACCAAUAGAGAAUGGAGCUGUUGAGGGCACGUCUGUUCCCUCAACCCCCGAAGACCUCACCAAGGAAUUUGUGGAUAUGAAAAAAGCUGAAGUUGUAGCUGUAUCAGCAGAGCCUCCAGACGGUUAUGAGCCGACAGCACAAAGCCUUACCCAAGACAGGCAGGAAGCACAAGAAACGAUUUCGGAAAUUCCACCUGGCACAAAGUCUCCAGAAAUGGAGGCAUCAGCCCCAGAAGCGAAAGUUGAAGUUGAAGACAAAGACAAGGACUUGACACAAGAGAGAGAAAUGGAAGAGGCUCAAAAGUUUGAGGAUGAAGGAGCAGCAACUCAGGAUGAGGAUGAGGAUGAAGAAGAGGAGGAAGAAGAGGCCCCAGCUGCUGUAAAGAAAACAGAAGAGGAGGAGGAAGAAGAUAUGGGAAUAGGUGAAGAGGAAGAUGAAGCAAAAUGGAAGGACGAUGGGCUUGACAGGAAACAUGAGUUAGAAGAAAUGGAGAAAUCUGAAAAUCUCUUAGCUAAGGUUGUGACAAAAGAGGAUCAACAAAUGAUUCCAUCUGAGGAGGAUGACAAUGAGGUGGUGGAGAAAGCCGAACUGGAGGAGGUAGAAGAUUUAGAUGUAAUAGCAGAUGAAGAGAUCAAACCUGAAGAUGUAGCUGAAGAAGAAAUGCUCACUGAAAGAAAAACCGCUGAAAUUCUGACUGCAGCUGAAGAGGAAGAGGAAGAGGAAGAGGAGGAGGGCUACCUGUCACAUGUUGGAGGGGCCACGGCUCCCAUAACCUCGGUAGUUCAAGGAGCCGCUGCAGCCGAACCCAUCUCCUACAUCCAAGACGAGACCAUCCCCGGCUACUCUGAGACGGAACAGACCAUAUCUGACGAGGAGAUUCACGAGGAGGCAGAGGAGAGGAUACCACACCUUCAGUACGACGUCGGGGCCUAUGAAGUCUCUGUUCCAGAUCAGACCGAAUCAUUUGUAAACAUUCACGGCAUGAUGGAGAUGCAAGCUAUGAACGAGAAAGGUUUCAUCCCAGGCGUGCAGGAGCCAGUAUCAGUGUUCACCAACAUCAUUACCGCUCCUCUGGCAGAAGAGGAGCAUGUGUCCUCUGCAACAUCCAUCACAGAGUAUGAUAAAGUUUCCUCCUUCCCUACUUCUAUCGCUGAAGACCAAUCAGUGACGUCCGUCACAGCACCUCCAGCUGAGGAACCACCCAAAAGCCCCGUUACCCUGUCCACCCCACCUGACGCCGCCCUAGGCAAAGAGCAGCCACUCUCUGCAGGAACUCUUUCUCCACCUUCUUUGGAAGAAGACAAACAAUCCAAGUCUCCAUCUGAUGACUUACAGCUUCCCGUUGCAGAAGUCAAGACGCCGGCCAAAGCUCAUGAAGCGUGUGAGGAAGAGGAGGAAGAAGAAGAGGAGGAAGACGACCAAACUCCUAAUGUUGACAUUUCACUUGAAAAACUUCAAGAGGGCUAUGCUUCAUCCCAUUUAUUACAGGAUGAAGAGACAGAUAUCGAAAAGCUUGCUGGCUCAGUGUCUCCGGUUUCUAUUCAAGCCACCAAACCAGUCCACCUACCAGUUGAAGAAGAAAAUAAAGAUGCUGUUGCACCUAAAGAUAUUUCAUCUGUUGUGCCUACUAGACCUUUUGGAUCAGACUCAGUAACUUCAGAGAGCGAAGAGCGCUGCUUCAGUCCGGAUGAUAUCACUGUGAAAAUGGCCUCCCCUCCACAGUCUGGCCCACCGAGUGCAGCUCACUCUCCUCUUCGUCAGUCACCAGUGGAAGACAAGACGAAGGUCUUCCCUGAUAUGGAACUGGAAAAGCAAGAGGAGCUCCUCGAUGUCGUCACAGCAACUGAAGACAACACUGAAAAGAAAGACGAAGCAAAAACAGAAACACAAAAAGAUGCCGACAAACAGAAAGCAGAUCAGCAUGAAGUAGAAGUUUCAACAUCUUUGGAUGAAUCCUUUGAGAAGGACAUAAAAGAGGUUCCAGUCAUAAAGGAGUCCGAAAAAGACACUUCAUCAGUGCCAAAAGAUGAUGGCAAACAGGCAGAAACAAUCCCUACUGUUGCUGCGUCUUUAACUGAAGUUCAUCCACCUGUGUCAGUGAGGGAUUCCCUCAUCUCAUCUGGACAAAGUGAUGAAGAGGUUGACGACAAGCUCAAAGAGAAAGCUCCUAAACUGCCUGCUCCAGGUAAAUUUCCAGAGAGGGACAGUCGUUUCUUGGAUGAUGAUGAUGAUGAUGAUAAAAAGAAAGAUGAUGACGAUGAUCAUGAUGAUAAAUCUGCAGUUAAAACCGUCAAGGCGGAACAGGAAAAAGUAAAGGACGACACCUCUGAUGUCAUACAAAUCAAGGAUGACCAAAAACAGAAAUCCGUCAUCCAGGAAGACGUUUCUGCCGUUAUGUCCAUCACAGAUGAGAAAACAGCAGUAAAGGAUGAUACCUCUGAAAUAAAACCCAUCACAGAAGAGCAAAUUGCAAAGGACGUUGUCACUGUUGAUAGAGCCAUUAAAGAUGAACCUGAAAAAGACCACACUCCUGAAGUAAAAACUAAAGAAGCAGAGAUUGAAAUUGUUGCUUCUGAGGUCAAACAAAUCAAAGAUGAGCAGAAGCAGAAAGAUGAUGAUUUUGACCUAAAAACCAAAGGUGUGGUGAAGGAAACUGAGGUUAAAAAGGAUGAUGUGUCUGAUGGUGAGAUUUUGAAAGAGGAGGAAAAGAAACAGACAGAUAAGGGUGAUAUUUUUGAUAUUAGCUCUAUAAAGACUGAAGAAAAAGAGAUUGAAAAGGUCCACGCCACAGAUAUCAAGCCUGUUACAGACGAGAUGGAGAAAGAGGCAAAGGAUGAUUUGCCCAUUAGUGAGCCUGCUAAAGAUGAUAAGAAAAAGGAGACAGAAACAUUUGAUAUCAAAGUGAUCGAGGAUAAGAAAGAGGAAAAAGAGAUGGAAAAGAUUGAUGAUUUUGCUACCAAGCCCUUUACAGAUGAGCAGAGGGAAAAGGAGAAAGACAUUUGUGACAUCACUGUUGCUAAACUCACCAAAGAAGAAGAAAUGAUUAGCAAGGGUGAUACGUCUGCUGUUACCAUGAAAGAAGAAAAGGGGCAAGAGAUUUGUAAAGAUAUUAUCUCACCCAUCAGCCUCACCACGGUGGUGGAAAAGGAUGCAACAGUGAGUAAAGAUGAAAGUCUUGCUGCCAAGCAAACCACAGAGACAGAGAAAGAGAUAAGUACAGAUGAUAGUUCUGACACCACACUUUCCAAGGAGCAGGACAAAGAUAUGACAACAAGCAAAGAUGAUGCUCACAUCUUCAUACCUACUGUAGAAGAUGAUACUGCUGCUAUAAAACUUACCAAGGCGGAGGAAAAGGAUGCAACAGUGAGUAAAGAUGAAAGUCCUGCUGCCAAGCAAAUCACAGAGAAAGAGAAAGAGACAAGUACAGAUGAUAGUUCUGACACCACACUUUCCAAGGAGCAGGACAAAGAUAUGACAACAAGCAAAGAUGAUGCUCACAUCUUCAUACCUACUGUAGAAGAUGAUACUGCUGCUAUAAAACUUACCAAGGCAGAGGGAAAGGAUAAACUGCCAAGCGGGGAAGAUACUUCUACUGUUAAACCAACACUUGGAGAAGAAAAAGAAGAAGAGGAAAGUAAAGAUGAUACUGCUUCAACCAAGGUAGAAGCAAAAGAAACAUUUAAGGAAGCCGUCAAACCAGUCAUGGAGGACGAAAAGGGGCAAGAAACAAAGAAAGAUAAAGAUGUCACUUCUCCUGUCCAACCCGCCAAGAUGGAGGAAGAGGAUGUAAUGAUGAGCAAAGAUAUUUCUGCUGUCCAAACAUCCAAGGACGGAUUUGUUGCUAAAUCCACCACGCAAGUUCCACCACUUCCAAGUGGGGAAGAUACUUCUACUGUUAAACCAACACUUGGAGAAGAAAAAGAAGAAGAGGAAAGUAAAGAUGAUACUGCUUCAACCAAGGUAGAAGCAAAAGAAACAUUUAAGGAAGCCAUCAAACCAGUCAUGGAGGACGAAAAGGGGCAAGAAACAAAGAAAGAUAAAGAUGUCACUUCUCCUGUCCAACCCGCCAAGAUGGAGGAAGAGGAUGUAAUGAAGAGCAAAGAUAUUUCUGCUGUCCAAACAUCCAAGGACGGAUUUGUUGCUAAACCCACCACGCAAGUUCCACCACUUCCAAGUGGGGAAGAUACUUCUACUGUUAAACCAACACUUGGAGAAGAAAAAGAAGAAGAGGAAAGUAAAGAUGAUACUGCUGCCAUAAAAUGUACCAAGGUGGAGGAAGAGCAUGUUAAAGUAUGUAAAGAUGACGAUUUCUAUGCCGCAUCAACCAUGGUAGAGGCAAAAGAAACAUUUAAGGAAGCCGUCAAACCGGUCAUGGAGGACGAAAAGGGGCAAGAAACAAAUAAAGAUAAAGAUGUCACUUCUCCUGUCCAACCCGCCAAGAUGGAGGAAGAGGAUGUAAUGAUGAGCGAAGAUAUUUCUGCUGUCCAAACAUCCAAGGACGGAUUUGUUGCUAAACCCACCACGCAAGUUCCACCACUUCCAAGUGGGGAAGAUACUUCUACUGUUAAACCAACACUUGGAGAAGAAAAAGAGGAAAGUAAAGAUGAUACUGCUGCCAUAAAAUGUACCAAGGUGGAGGAAGAGCACGUUAAAGUAUGUAAAGAUGACGAUUUCUAUGCCGCAUCAACCAAGGUAGAGGCAAAAGAAACAUUUAAGGAAGCCGUCAAACCGGUCAUGGAGGACGAAAAGGGGCAAGAAACAAAGAAAGAUAAAGAUGUCACUUCUCCUGUCCAACCCGCCAAGAUGGAGGAAGAGGAUGUAAUGAUGAGCGAAGAUAUUUCUGCUGUCCAAACAUCCAAGGACGGAUUUGUUGCUAAACCCACCACGCAAGAUGAAAAGGAGAAAGAAAUCAGUGAAGAUAUUUGUGCUGUCAAAUCAACGACAGAAGAAGAAACAGAGAAAGCAGUAGAUAAGGAGGAAACUUUCCCUGAAGAAGUGUCAAUUCAAGAUCAUAGUGUUGCUAUCAAACCUAUCAAGGAAGAAAAAGAUACAGUAAUACUUAAGGUUGACAUGUCUGGUAUCAAACCUACCGAGGAGGAAAGCAAAGGCGCUGCUGGUGUAAAAACCCCUGCAGAUGAGGAAACGAAGGUAGAGUCGAAAGAUGUUACAUCUGAUGUAAAAUUCAAAGAGGAGGCAAAAGAAAUCCCCAAAUAUGACUUUUGUGAUAAAGGAAUGAAAGUAAAAGAGGAAGAAAUGGAAAAAGAGAAAGAAAAGAGUUCUGAUGUUGUAUCCAGCAAAGAGCAGAUAGAUGAUACUUCUGUCAAAACCAUGACGGAUGACAAAGAGGUGGAAAUAGGUGACAUGUCUGAGGAGAAGUCUGAUAUCUCUGAUCACAAACCAAUUCUGGAGGAAAUUAAGAGUAAAGAAACUGAAAAAGAUACAAUAAUAAAGGAGAAAGAAACAGACGCCAGUGUUGAGCAGCCCAAGAAAGAGGAAGAGUCAUCUAAAGUUGAAACCAUCGAGGUCGAAGUUAAACAGGGCAGUUGUGAAGCUGAAUCCAUUAAACAGGAGACAGAGAAGGAGAUGUACACUCCAACAUUCAGUGCCAAAGAUGAGAAAAAAGGAAAAGAUGAUUAUCCUUUUGAGUCUGAAUCUAAGAAGGAUGAUAUAAAAGAGGUAGAUCUUCCCGUGUCUCAGACUUUGGAAGAGGAGAAAACUAAAAAGGAAGAUAUUUGUGGCGUAAGUGACAAGCAUAUACAGGAAGAAACCUCUGAUAAGCUUACUGGAACUCAGAAAGAGAAGGAAACGUUUGGCGCUACAUCAACAGAAAUGCAGCAAGAUACUUCUGUAACCACAUCAAGUGAAGACCUAAAACCACUGAAAGAUGACAUUUGUGUGUCACCCAGCCACAUCCAGGAGGAGAAAAAAGAGCAAGACAAAGAUGCAACGGUUAUUAGUCAAGACGAAAAGAUGGAUAAAGAAAAAGACGACACACAUGUUGCUGAACUGAGCAAAGAACAGAAAAUGGAAAAGGAACAAGAAAAAGAAUACACCUAUGAGACUGAUGACACAAAAGAUGAAAAGACAAGACCAGAAGAGGAUGAAAAGAUGAUUCAAAAAAAGGAUGUUGCUGACAAGAAGACAGAUGAAAUAACUGAGAAAGAGUCCUCUGAUGCAGACCAAACCAAGGAGGAGAAAUGGGAGCGAGAGGAGUUGCAAGAGAAAGACCUGGACAAAGCAAUUAAACAACCUGCACAGACAGUAUUAGGAGAUGCAGCAAUGGCAUCCAAGUCCGAUUACAAACCUGCAUUUGUGGUUCAGUCCUCCGAUGAAGACAGGGAAGAUGAAGAUGAGGAGGACAUUUGUAUGGGAGGAGCAGGCUCGAGACCUUUGUCAGUGAAGCCGAGCGACUCAGAACAUGACAUCUCGCCUGCAGGUCUGGCCUCAUCCCAAAAACCACAGACAAGUGACGAAACUAAACUCCAAAUAUCAGAGCAGACGACAGUGAUCAUACCGAUACUUACAAUGCAGGAGCCCUCUAUUGAUGAAGACAUCAAAGAGUUUAGCAAAGAAGAAUCCAUGCUUUCGCCUGAAAUGGGCAAAGAUGUUGUGAAAACAGAAACUACAGCUGCACCACUUGCCAAGCCGGAGCCCUCCUUUGAAAUUAUCACACCAAAGGAGGAGACAACCUCUAUUCCCAAACAAGAAAUGGCUUCUGAUGUCCCAGCAGCUAAAGCAGAACCAAUGUCAGACUCAACUGAGAAAAAGCCUGUGUUGUCUACAGUAUCAAGCACUGACAGUCAACCCAGGAGCUCUACGCUCUCGAGCACUGAGAGCCAGUCCAGUGUUGAGGAAACACCACAACAAGAGAAACAAAUACCGUCCCAGACAAGCUCAGGAGUCAGUGCUACAGAAAAGACAAAGCUGGAUGAGAAACCAGAAAAGGAAGCAGAGAGGGAGAUGGAAGGAGAGCGAGAGGUGGCUUCUCCAAGAUUAUCACAGCCUUGUUCGUAUUUUAUGUUGGAUUCCGAGGACGUCAGCCACGUUGAAGUUGUAAAAUCAGACACUGCAAAAAUGACCUCGGAAAAGGAAAGCCUCACAGACGAAGAACAAACCUUUUGCGCGUCCAAAUACGACCCGUAUGAAAAGCCUAUUCCAAAGGACUCGGACUUGGACUCCAGAGAAGAAAGUGAGGUUUCUUUAGGUUUUGAUCACGCCUCUGAUAUGGGUAUUGAUGAUAACAGAAGAGCAAGCCAGUCAGAGGCUGGAGGAGCCAUGUUCCUCCUGGAUGAUCAGUACAAAGAAGAGCCUCUGUCCUUUAGUAGAGUUGACUACAGCCCGGUUUCCCUCACAGAGAGUGAAAGAAGCAGCCACCACAGUCAAAGUGCCUCACCUAAAUAUGAAGACAGAGAGAAAGGCCAAGAGGAAGAGAGUGAGAGAGAAGAGAGACCAGAUACACCUUAUGUUGACAAGAGCUGUUCAUCCGUAGACAUUCAAGAUAACAAAAUGUCCCAGGCUGCUGAGUCUUAUUCUUUCAGUCCCAAAGAGGAUAAACCUGAGAAAUCAGAGAAAGAGAAAGACGAUAUGAAGAAAGGUGCCGCAACAGCAGCAGCAGCUUUUCAAACAGGGCCUACAGGAGAAAGUGACACGGUUUCUGCCAGCGCUGUUCAAUCAGCAGGCGUAUCAUUAAGACAAGAAACACCCUCUCUGUCAUGUAGCCAAUCGGAUCUUGUUACACAUGUUUCAGCUGCUCCCGUAGCUUUUGGAGAAUUCACAGAAAAGAGAACAACAGAAAAAGAGAAAGAAAAAUCUGCUGAGUCACUUGAAGACAAAAUUGAGUCCUCUGCUCAUGAAAGAGAGGGAUCUCCAUCUGGUCGGCAUUCACCUGCAGAAAAAGACAUUUUACCUCAGCAAGCAUCACCUUUAGAGAAAGUAGAAACUUCAAAUGAUUUAAGGACUGCAUCUGCUGCCACAUUUUCAGGACAUGAAAUAGACGAUAAUGUUUUGGCAUCUGACAAUAGUCAAAUUAGCAGCUCUGCCUCUUGUAAAUCAAUGUUAGACUUUCCUGAUGGAAAAGAGAGCCUAAUAGAUAAAAGAUUACUUGUAGAAGGGGAAGAUUUCAAUGUUGAUGAUGAUGAUGAAGACGAAGAUGAGGAGGACGAGGGAGAAGAGGAGGAACUAAGUGAUGUAGAUGUGGAAAAGGGUGCCAGAGAACAGUCUGAAAAAGAAAUGUGCAGACGUAGCUCUGGUGAUAGUGCUACGUUAGAACAGGUAGAGGACUCAAAUAAAAAGUCUCAGCUGCCUGAAUCAAGCUUCCUCAAAAAGGAAACCGUCUGUAAACCAACACCUGAUGAUGCCUCAACUUCAGACAAGCAGGACAUGAGUCAAAAACCACCAUCUCCUCAAACAAAACCAGUCAGAGAAGAUGAUACAGCCACAUCCAAACUUCCGGAGACAAGGAGUGAAGAUGUAGGUAAAAUAACUCUGUCACCAGAGCCAAGUGCUCACAGAAUGGAUGAAAGCGGUUUCGCUACAUCAGAUGCUCCAAAACUUCCUGAAACAAAGAAAGCAGAGGACACAGAUGAAAAAGAUUUGUCUCCUGAACCAACCACAAAGAGAAGGUUGUCAUCAGCAGAGGAUUUCACCUCGUAUGAAGUGCCACAGUCAGAAAAAGGAGAUGAUGACAGAGUGUCUCUAUCGCCACGCUUUUUGGAAAAGGAAACUUCUCAACCAACAUCCACAAGCAGCUUGUCAGGCAGCUUUUUGCCAACUGACUAUUCAGAGUCCAUGUCCAAGACUACAUCUAGUCCUUCCCCUCCUCUAAGAAGUAGCUAUGCAGACAUUGGACAGAAUAGAUCUGGAGGUUAUUCUGAGCAUUAUUACAGUGAGGAGAGUCAAGUAGAAUUGAAGGAAGAUAAAAAAGAAACAUUGGUGCUCUCAGAUGCCUCCCAGCUAUCCAAGCUAAGCGAUGAUAAAUAUUACAGCCAAAGUGACUUUCGAGAAGAAAGUCUAGAUGAGCGGCAGACCCUAGAUAUCACCACAAAACAUGAGGAAACUGCCUCAUCACCUUGCACGUACACCACCUUAACAUACUCUACUUCAACAUACUCCUCCACGUCGUACAGUUACUCGUCCUUACCCUCAACUUCUGCCCCUUUGAGCCAACAGUUUGAAGACAAAGUUAAAACUUUCACGACGAUAUCAAGCUCUGCAGUACCUCUAGCCAAAGAAGAGCCUUCGUUCACGACAGAGCCUAAAAGCUCCUGCUUCGGAGGGUUUCAGAGAGAUGAGUACAUGGAGGUGACGACGAAGCCUGCAACAAAAGUGUCUUUACCCAGCCAGUUUGAUGAGACCAAACCAUCAACUCCAGUCUUGUCUACCACUGCCAAACAGACUGAGGUUCAAAGCGGUUCUGCAAAGCCUGAAACAAAAUCAAGCACUGAUAGUUUUUAUAUGCUAGAAACUAAGAUUACAACCUCUGCAGCACAAAGUGUCGAAGCAGUAAGGGUGUCAGACAGCUUAUCCACAUCAGAGGCUCGCUUUGAUGUUUCUCCCCUCCAAAGGGCUGACUCCUCUGACAAGGUUUCCCAGGAGUCAUCAGAAGACGAGGAGCCUGUUACACUUGAAAUGGAGGACAGCACCCUACCAUGCCGUAUUGAAUGUCAAAAAAUCAAAGUGGCUGAGCAAAAGGAAAGUUCUUCAUCGAUAACUGCGUCAUAUGUGGUAGAAAGUACCACACAGUCCACAGAGACGAAGACCAUCACCAUCGCCUCUACUACUGGUGUGUCUAAACCUGAAAUGGUGAUGGAAACAACUCAACAGGCAACCUCACCUACUUCCCUGAGUGAUAGUGGAGCUAGCAAAAUCACAUGUGCCACAACAGACGUGUCCAAAACAGAGGAGGAGAAAGAGAAAAAAGGGAAAACACCAGAGGUAAAAGAGGAAAAGACGAACGGAGCGAUUGCACCAUUGAAGGAAGAUGCAAAGGUGUCAAGUAAAGAUGACAAGACAGAGACUGCUAGUCAAGUCAAGCAGAAAAUAGAGGAAAAGAAACUUGAGGAAAAGGAGUGUAAAGACAGCACAGACGAAAAGAAGGCAACAGCACAUCCAAAGAUAUGUGAAAAAGCAGACGAUGGUAGAAAAGGAGAGGCAGAAAGAGUAGAGGAGAAAACCUUGUUGGAGAAGCCACCAGAGAGAUUAGAGGUUAGGAGAAGGAGCAGUAUAUCCGAUUGGGAGCUUCUACAGAGGCCUGAAGACUGCCCAAGUGCCCCUCCUCCAGGUUAUGGUGAUGACGAUGAGGAAGAGGAUGAGGAAGCAAUGGAAGCGAUGGAAUGGAUGACCAGUGUCCACAGUACCUCUAUGACCUCCUCAAUAGAUAUCUAUCACACAGAAACAGCUAGCAAAGAAGCAGUAAGGGCUGAUCGUCCCUCUGACUUGAACACCGGAGCCACCUCCUCCUCUGCCUCCCCUCCAGGCUACUCCUCCUGCGAAUACAAACAUCGCAAAGGAGAACUUUCUCCAUCGUUCAUCAACCCGAGCCCUCAUCCGCUCUCCAGUGACGAGGGUGAGGGCAAAGAGGACAACCGCAGUGACCACUCCCAGGAAGGGGACGAGGACGAUCAGGAGCAACACUCUGUGAAAAGGAGGUCGCACAAGCAGAGGCACCACCACACUCCGAGUUACCAUGGAGACCCUGGACACGGGCCACAACAGAUGCCCGGCGCCAUGUCCUCUGGUUUGGCUGUGACGUUAGCUGGAGAGGAAACACCUCCGACAUCAGUGAGCGAGUCGCUGCCUUCGCAGUCCGAUUCUGACGUCCCUCCAGAAACCGAAGAGUGUCCAUCCAUAACAGCUGAAGGAAAUCUGGACUCAGACGAAGACGCUGAACACCUGCCGGUGGACAAAUUAUCUGGAGCUGGGGGUGGUCACCAUCCCCCAUCACCAAGGUCCGCUCAGAAGACUCAUGACCCCCCACCCACCCCGAUGAAGGACCCUCAUCCCCACCCUCCCCAUCCAGAUGUGUGCAUGGUAGAUCCAGAGGCUCUUCUCAAUGACCACAGCAGCACAGAGAAACUUCUUAAAAAGGAGCACAAGACCACCAAGGGCCUCCGAAAGGGCAAACCCAAGUCGGCCUCUCCCGCACGUAAGGGGGAAGUCAGGAAGAGGUCCUCUACUCCAGUGAAGCAGACCUCCAAGGACUCCGCCUCACCUCGAUCAGCCUCCCUUAGGAGGAAGGACACAGACAGAAGCUCCAGACUGAUCAAAAUGUCUGAGACCCAAGGCUCCAGGAGCGAGAUCCUCAACCCGGGGAAAGGCUUGGUCAAUGGUGUCAAGAGCAGUUCAGGUAACAACUCUCAGAAAACUAGCUUGGCCGUCCCCCCUGGACCACCCGUCUAUGUCGACCUGGCCUAUGUGCCCAACCACUGCAGUGCCAAGAAUGUGGACCAGGAGUUCUUCAAGAGAGUGCGAGCUGCGUACUAUGUGGUGAGCGGGAACGAUCCGGGCAGCGGAGAGCCCAGCCGUGGAGCCCUGGACGCCCUGCUGGAGGGCAAAGCUCAGUGGGGCUCCAAUUUACAGGUGACUCUGAUCCCGACCCAUGACACAGAGGUGACCCGGGACUGGUACCAGCAGACCCACGAGAGGCAGCAGGACCUGAACAUCAUGGUUCUGGCCUCCAGCAGCACCGUAGUCAUGCAGGACGAAUCCUUCCCUGCCUGCAAGAUCGAGUUCUGAGCUUGACGAGGCUAGCUUGGCUUCCCCCCCACCCCACCCCCCACGUCAUCUGUUCUCAAUGGAGGCGGAGUGAGAGUGAACAGCACUCUCUGCUUCUUGAAAGCUUCUCGCUCUCAUGGUACCAGUCUCAAACGCAUUUGCUGCAACCCUCAAUACACUAGAUUCUUUUAGCUGAAAUCGAAGUCUAAACUCUGGGUUUAUGCUCUCUGUGACCGUGGGGUCUGUCCUAACAUACCUCGUAAACAAGUACUCAAAAACAUAUUUAAUAGCAUAAUCACGCUUUCUUUGCCUCAUAAAUCUAACUAGACAAAUGGACAUCAUUAUCCCAGAAAUGCAUAAUGCUACAGUUAAACUAUAGAUUAGUAAGGUGUAGUUCGUAAACUGUUUGGCACAAAUCACAAUUAACUCGGAAAUGUAAUACUCCCAAGUGGUAAAUUUCUCCUCCAAAAGGCCAAAACAAGUGCCAAACACUGUUAAAACAGAAGUUAUUAGUUAACUUCUCCAAAAUGUCUCCUAAAUUCAUCAGUGAUCAAUAAUUUGUUGAGACUGUAUGCAGUGUUUCUUAGAAGAGUAGACAUUUAUCGGUUUAUUUGCCAUUGGUGCUCAUCCUUUGCAGUUCUGAUCACGCUACAGUAGCUUUUGGAUUAACUCAAUAAUGACAUAAAUUGAUGUUAUGUAAAAGACAUAAAAAAAAUUAUAUAUAUACGUUCCUUCUCGUCAUUUGUGGUGAAGUUUUAGGAGGUGCCUGAAGUUGCCACCAUGUGAAAUCUUUCUUCUUGGCUCUCACAGCUUAGCUGGUGCAUGAUGCUUGCGUUUUAGCUGGGACUCUUUGAGAACUACAUAGGGUUAAUCCUUUCUUUAGCCAGCCUUCAAGUGUGGAAUGCAGUAUAGUGUAGCUAGGUUACUACACUAUUUGGCUGUCUAUGCUCAAGUGAAUUCAAUAGGCGCCAGGCAAAUGGACGGUGUUUGUACACUAAUCCUAUCUCUUCUGGAUGUAAUGGUUCCUCUUUAAGUCUUUAUCAUGCUCUUUGUUGGUUGUAUGUACUCCAGUAUACAUAUAGGGUUACUGUUUCUAUAUCAAUACAGAGGUUAUGUUCAAUAAAUUAUAUAUUUUGUGAUGAUGCAGCAACUUAUGAGGCGAAUGCAGCGUUUUUGAUGAUGCAUUCGAGAAGGUUUAAUUAAGAUUAUCUGUCAUUUCCUCCUGUUCAGCUACAUUUUACCGUCUCUGUCAAUAUCACAAAGCGAUCGAAAAAAAGAAAAAAAAGAAAAGCAGUGACCUGUGAAAAAUGUAGCAAUGGAAGCUGGUCCGCUAUACCCUUCAGAGAGUGUUAUGCCAGUGGGAACUGCAAUAUUAAUAUUUAUUAUUAGGGUUAUUUUUCAGGACAAAAAGUGUGAAGUGUGUAACAGGAGGUUUCAUUCAUGUGCCUUUAGCUUGUGGUUUUGGAGAGAGGGGGGUAUAUUAAGGACAUGUCAGCCAUUAUUAAGCAGAUCCAGAAACCAGGGUACAGAGAAACCAGAUAGUCAACUUUGAAAUAGAGGACCAAUCAGUUCAUACAGUACACAAACAAACCUUAUCCACACUGAAAUAGUACACUGGAUACUACUUUGGAGCUAUGUAAUCCAAUUCAGCAUUAACCCCACAUUCUGAAAUGCCACUUUCAAACAACUAUGAAUGUCUUUGAGCAAAAUAUUGCACUAAAUAGGAGUGCACCUUUCUGAGAGUUUAGAAGUUGGAUUAUGUUUGCAGUUGAAGCACAGAGAGUGAGUGUGGUCGCAUCGUAUUAUAACAUAAUGUACAAGACGUUCCUCCAAACUGAGCUUGCUGUUAAGCAAGGGACAUCUUAAUUAUGAAGCAACUACCUAAUAUGAAUCCCAGAGUAAUAUUUAUAGAAUGCGCAUGAAUGAUUAUGAUUGUACUGAUAUAAAGUAGGAAUGUCUUGUGUGUGUGUGUGUGAGCAUACGAUACACACUGGGUUGCUGUUUUAUAACACGGCACGGUUCGUUUCUGACGGUGACGUGGCGAGGGACUUUUCUGUGGGUUCAGUAUGAAAGGUCUUUCUGCUUGAUCACAGCCAGAUUGGAGAGUCAAUCAUACGCUCACAUUAAAUUUACAUGUGGCCAAGUUUUAUAUCUUAAUUUCUUAAUUCUGGUUUCAUUUUCUCCACAUUUGUGCUGCGAAGCAAACACAAACACAAUUGUGAUUAUUAUAAAUUUUUUUGCCCUAAUAAGAAUUACAUUUCUGCCAAGAUGGCUCACCGCAUGAUUGUUAUUUUUGUUUUGUAAGGACUGAUAUGAAACUAGGGGACGAGUCAGGCUGGGCGAUGGAGGAGAGGAGGCCUGGAUUUCUAUUGAUGACAGAUUGAUUGUUAGGAUGUUGCAGACCUAAAGCAGGGAGGAUGCUCUGCUUGCACAGUUUAAAAUUUACUCCAUUCUUUCUCCCAAUCUGAUUCAGAAAAUGGAGCAAACGCCACAGAAAGCUAGAGUGCGUUGUCCGCGGGCGCUAGCCUGGCACCAGUGCCAUUUUCUUUCCCUGUAAAACUCACACUACCUUAUACCUCAUCUUCCAAAGCCGCCUCCGUGCUCUUUGCUCCGCCUGGCCUCCCUUAAAAUUAUACAUGUCCAUUAUGCACUGUGUAAGCCUUGAUAUGCAUCUUGUGUGUGUGAUGAUUCAGAGGAAGACAGUUUUUUUUUGUCAUCCCACUAGGGAGAAUCUGAGUUGGAUGCAGGUUGUAUAUUAAACAGCUGGGCACGCACAAAUAUACACCCUAGUCUUGAAGAAGUUGAUUAACUGAAGGGCACAUUAAGACGUGCACACUGGGGGGGACAGAGAAGGCUCAAAAUGACUCCCUUGAAAACAAGCAAAAGGUCCUUUUUAGCCCCUCUUCGAUGCUCUAUGGAAAUGUGUCCAAAUAGCCAGGAAGAAGCUUUUUAAGGUCUGAUAUGUUGUACUGUCUUUGAAUAAUGUUUUUAAGUUGGCAGAUUCCAAAUACCCAGCUUUGAGAUUUUCAAAGCAUCAGUAGAACGCUGUGAAUCCCUCAAUACUGAACUGUAUGACUAUACAGAAGCUGAAUGCACUAUAGAGGAGAUCUAUUUUUGUGAAUGUAGAGUUGGUACUACCAUGCGAAUGCUGCUGGAUCAAAACGAGAGAGAACAAUAAAUACCACAACAACAACAACAAAACAAACAGUCACACCAGCCUGGACAGAAAUACAUUUUAGGGAGCACAGCAUGAGAGCAGAUAGCACGGUUCUGCUCCAGAAGAAGAAGUUUGAUUUCUGACAUGACAGAAAGCAACCGAGAUCCCGUAACAAACAUAUUAACAGAAACACAUAAAUAGUACUAAUAGUACUUUUCCUUUUCCUGAAUAUGACUUGAAACACAUGCAGACUCAAAAACCAUCGAUGAAAUUAAACAAAUGCACAUUUAUGUACUGUGCACAGAUUUGUACAUAUCGCUCUAGAGAGAACAAAUCUGAAAGAUAUAACAAACUAUCCUUCUUGUGACACCUGUUCAUUUUAGCUGGUUUUAGUGAGAGUAUGAUCAUAACUGCUAACUACUGUUUGAAACAAGCAAACUACACAAAACGCUGACAAGAUACAGAAAAGAUAAAGAAAAAAAAUGGCAUCUUUUAGUUCACUUUCAUCGCCAUACCUGCAUUGAAAUGAAGAUUUCAUUUGAUCAAAAUAUGGUGUCAUCUGUCCAUCUAAUCUCUCUGCAUGUGAUUUAUUUAGUUAUAAUCCUGAAUGUAAUUGUUUAACAUGGAAAUAAUAAUAAUAAUAAUAAUAAUAAUAAUAAAAAAAUGCAAUGAUAUUUUAAAGAGGUAUAUUUGAAAAAAAAAAGAGCAAAUUGUCUUAACUGGUACUGAAAUGACCUACCGUAAUAUAAUACUGGGCUGUGCUUUUAUUGUUUGCCAUAUUAACAUGUUGUUAAGAAGACGCUGUAUUGGUAGUUCUGUUUGAUUCUCUCUCUCUCUUUUUUUUGCAUUGUAUUAAUCUUAGUUAUGUUUUUCUUCCUCAGCGCAAUAUUCAAUAUCUCUCUGUCUCUUUAAAUCUAACUGGUAAAACUAGAACUACUGCAGAUUCAUUGUAAAAGGGAAACAGCCUGGUGAUCAUCAAUUAAAGUACAUUUAAAUCUAAA